AUGGCUUCAAAGACCUGGAACGUCGGAAUCGUGGGUUAUGGCUUCAGUGCCAAGACCUUCCACAUUCCUUUCAUCCAGGAAGUGCCUCAAUUCAAGAUCACCGCUGUUGUGCAGCGCACCCCCAAGCCCGAUGACGAUGCCGAGAAGGACCACCCCGGAAUCAAGUCCUACAGGACCACCGAGGAAAUGGUCAAGGAUGAGGGUGUCCAAGUGGUGGUUAUCACCACUGCUCCCGAUUCGCAUUACGCCUUGGCCAAGCUGGCCCUCGAAAAUGGAAAGCACAUUGUCUGUGAGAAGCCCUUCACCCCCACCACUCAGGAGGCCGAUGAACUGGUUGCUCUGGCCAAGAAGCAGAACAAGCUCCUGGCCGUGUACCAAAAUCGCCGGUGGGAUGCCGAUUUCGUGACCCUGUCGAAGCUCGUGAAGAAUGGCUCUCUUGGCCGUGUGGUGGAAUUCGAGACUCACUUCGACCGUCAUCGCCCUCAGGAGCCCUCCCCCGACGUUUCUAAGUGGAAGAACAAGGUCAUCCCCGGUGGUAGCGCCAUCUAUGACCUGGGCGCCCACCUCUUGGACCAGGCCGUGCACCUGCUUGGCAAGCCGGAGCGCGUGACUGGAUUCAUUGGUUCCCAACGCGAGGUCAACACUUCUGGUUUCGAGGACUCUUUCACUGUUCUGCUCCACUACCCCAAGGGUGUGCUUGUCACGGCAAAGGCCGGUGUUGUCAGCCCGGAAGAGGAGCAACUGCGCUUCUGGGUUCGGGGUGAGAAGGGUAGCUUCAAGAAGGUGAGAUAA